UAGGGCUUGAGAUGGGACUCACUUCGUUGCGGGGUUAGCCUCUGAGAAAACGGACAUAUUCUCGUGUUGUUUUACGCACACCUUGCCUUGUUCCUACUUGUGUUUUUUUGGGGGGGAAACCGUGCUGUGGAGACUAUAUCAGCCUGGUGCCAUGACGGGGGAUCUGUGUGCGCUCUUGUGCGCCCUGGUCAUCACGUCCUCUGCGAUGGAAGAGACUUUGAUGGACACGCGGGUGGCCACAGCGGAAUUGGGCUGGACAGCGUACCCAAACUCAGGGUGGGAGGAGGUUAGCGGCUACGACGAGAACCUCAACACCAUCCGGACGUACCAGGUGUGUAACGUCUUCGAACCCAGCCAAAACAACUGGCUCCUCACCACCUUCAUCGACCGACGGGGGGCGCAGCGAAUCUACGUGGAGAUCCGCUUCACAGUACGGGACUGUAGCUCCAUACCCAACGUCCCAGGGUCCUGCAAAGAGACCUUUAACCUUUACUACUACGAGACAGACGCUGUAAUAGCCACCAAAGGAACUGCUUUUUGGAUGGAGGCUCCUUAUCUGAAAGUGGACACGAUAGCGGCAGACGAGAGCUUCUCCCAGGUGGACUUUGGUGGGCGGCUUAUGAAGGUCAACUCCGAGGUGCGAAGUUUUGGGCCUUUAUCAAAAAACGGUUUCUAUUUAGCCUUUCAGGACUACGGGGCGUGCAUGUCGCUUCUGUCUGUCCGAGUUUUUUAUAAGAAGUGCCCGAGCGUGGUCCAGAACUUUGCGAUUUUUCCUGAGACGAUGACGGGAGCGGAGAGCACCUCGUUGGUCAUCGCCAGAGGGAUGUGCAUAGCUAAUUCUGAAGAAGUGGAUGUCCCUAUAAAGCUGUACUGUAAUGGAGAUGGAGAGUGGAUGGUUCCUAUUGGAAGCUGCACGUGCAAGGCUGGGUUUGAGCCGGACAAUGGGAACGUAUGCCGCGCCUGUCCUCCGGGUACGUUUAAGUCGAGCCAGGGUCCGGGCCUGUGUCUGCAGUGUCCUCCCAACAGCCGCUCCACGUCUGAGGCCGCCACCAUCUGUGUGUGUCGCAACGGGUACUACAGAGGGGACGCCGACCAACCCGACCAGCCCUGCACAAGCGUCCCGUCCAGCCCCCGAAACGUCAUCUCCUUCGUGAACGAGACGUCGGUGAUCCUGGAAUGGCACUCGCCCAGAGAGACGGGCGGCCGCAACGACGUGGUCUACAACAUCGUGUGCCGGAAGUGCCGCGCCGACCGCCGAUCCUGCUCGCACUGCGACGAGAACGUGGACUUUGUACCGAGGCAGCUGGCCCUCACCGACACCAGAGUCUUCAUCAGUAACCUGGUGGCACAUACGCUCUACAGCUUUGAGAUUCAAGCUGUGAACGGCGUGAGCAAUAAGAGCCCGUACCCGGCGCAGCACGUCACCAUAGACAUCACCACCAACCAGGCCGCUCCGUCAAUUGUUCCCAUCAUGCACCAGAUCAGCUCCACCAUGAAUAGCUUCACACUGUCAUGGCCGCAGCCCGAGCAGCCCAACGGCAUCAUCCUGGACUACGAGCUGCGCUACUACGAGAAGGACCACGCCGAGAUCAACUCCACCGUUUUGCGCAGCCAGACCAACACGGCGCGGGUGGAGGGCCUGCGCUCAGGUACGGUGUACGUGGUGCAGGUGCGCGCGCGGACCGUGGCCGGCUUUGGCAAAUUCAGCAGCAAGAUGUGCUUUCAAACCCUGACAGAUGAUGACUUCAAGUCGGAGCUGAGGGAGCAGCUGCCCCUGAUCGCGGGCUCGGCGGCUGCAGGAGUGGUCUUCAUCGUGUCCCUGGUGGCCAUCUCCAUAGUGUGCAGCAGGAAAAGGGCGUACACCAAGGAAGCCGUGUACAGUGACAAACUGCAGCACUACAGCACGGGCAGAGAACUCUCUUUGCGAGCCGACAUGUCUAACUGCCCCUCCCCACUGGGCUGCCCGACCCACUUCUCAGGCUCCCCCGGGAUGAAGAUAUACAUCGACCCCUUCACCUACGAGGACCCCAACGAGGCCGUGCGCGAGUUCGCCAAGGAGAUCGACGUCUCCACUGUCAAGAUCGAGGAGGUCAUCGGAGCAGGUGAAUUUGGGGAGGUGUACAAAGGUCGUUUAAAACUUCCCGGGAAGCGAGAGAUCUACGUGGCCAUCAAGACCCUGAAGGCGGGUUACGUGGACCAGCAGAGGCGGGACUUCCUGUCCGAGGCGUCCAUUAUGGGCCAGUUUGACCAUCCCAACAUCAUCCGUCUGGAGGGGGUGGUGACCAAGAGCCGGCCCGUCAUGAUCGUCACGGAGUUUAUGGAGAACGGAGCGCUUGACUCUUUCCUAAGGCAAAACGAUGGUCAGUUCACAGUCAUCCAGCUGGUGGGGAUGAUGCGUGGGAUCGCCGCUGGGAUGAAAUACCUCUCUGAAAUGAACUACGUCCAUCGCGACCUGGCGGCGCGCAACAUCCUCGUCAACAGCAACCUGGUGUGCAAAGUGUCUGACUUUGGGCUUUCACGCUACUUACAGGAAGACACUUCUGACCCCAGCUACACCAGCUCUCUGGGAGGAAAGAUUCCAGUGAGAUGGACGGCACCAGAGGCCAUCGCGUACAGGAAGUUCACCUCAGCCAGCGACGUGUGGAGCUACGGCAUCGUCAUGUGGGAGGUGAUGUCAUUCGGAGAGCGGCCGUACUGGGACAUGUCCAACCAGGACGUGAUCAAUGCCAUAGAGCAAGACUACAGACUGCCUCCACCCAUGGACUGCCCCAGUGCACUGCACCAGCUGAUGUUGGACUGUUGGCAGAAGGACCGUAAUGUCCGACCACGCUUCACUGACAUCGUCAGCACCCUGGACAAGAUGAUCCGAAACCCCACCAGCCUCAAAGCUAUCGCUAACAUCCCUGCAGUGCCUUCUCAGCCACUGUUGGACAGGUCCAUCCCUGACUUCAACACGUUUAGCUCGGUGGAGGACUGGCUUGGAGCCAUUAAGAUGAUCCAGUACCGAGACAACUUCCUCAACUCAGGCUUCACGUCUCUGCAGCUGGUGGCUCAGAUGACCUCAGAGGACUUGCUAAGGAUAGGCGUGACUCUGGCAGGGCACCAGAAGAAGAUCCUGAGUAACGUGCAGACCAUGAGGGUGCAGAUGAGCCAGUCCCCGUCCACGUUGGCAUGACUACAAGAGGCGCUGUGCCACGGAGCGGGCAGCAUUCGGAGGACCACCGACAACAGCCCCCGAAUGACCCCCCCUCCGUCGGAACGCGCCAGGGUCGAGACUAUUGUCUUAAUCUAAAUGGUCACGUGUCUACAAGAGGAGAGCAGGGUCUACACUACCACAGCUAUCACCAAUCCAAACCAGGAAGUAAACCAGGAAGUUCAGGGUGCAACGCGUUACUGUUUCUCCAUUCAUUAAGACACAAGCUGCUGUGGUUUUGGAACUCCAUUUAGCGUCAUAUCUUCAGCAUCAGUACAGGGAUCAUAUGAUAUUUGUGUUUGGUAAAAGAUAUAUUGUACCUCUAUAUUAUCUGGACUAGACCAUGUUAAAACUGUAACCAGACAUGUGAGACUUUUACAACCAACAAUGUGUGACCUGUGAUGUUGCCCAUAAUGUCGUCAAUGUGUGCAAUGAAGAGGCCUUGGUCUGGUCCAGAAAUAUGCCCAAGAAGAAGAAGCAAUCAGCAGAAAGACUGUCUAUAGAAUUACAGGGAUGUAUAGUGGAGCACCAUGGUCAUCCACCUCAUAGCCAUAGUUUGCUUGUUUUACAUUUAAAAUGAUGUAUUGUUGAAUUCCUGGUGACAGAGCUUAGUUCUAUUUUUGUCUUCAUCUGAUCGUUUGUACUUGUCACUAUAACCAGAUCCACCCACUUGUCUGAACUCAACACUACCUGUGGAGUGGGCUGCCAAAGGACUUUUGAACCAGCCCUAGAUUCAGAGAAUAUAAAUAUGUUUAUCUCUUGCUAAUUAUGAUUAUUAACUUCUAUAAUAACCUUCAUAUUGAAGGUGGUAUGUAAGAAUAUGUAUGUACAGAACUAUCUGCUUGCAUUUUGGCAACGACUUGUUUGUUGAUUAGAUUGUGUUAGAUACAUGCAAUGUGUAGGUUCCCACUGUGCCCUCGCUCCUUGUGACUGACUGUUUAAAGGACACAGGGGGCGCUCAUUUAUCCAGGGGCACAUGGACUAUCCAGUACAGACAAAUAUGUUACUGAGUCGGUCUCGUAGAUCUAAGUAUGAGUAGGACUUGUAGGAGAUCUAAUGACAAAUGUCCAUCUAUUGAGAACUUGAGCUCAUGUUAAAUGUGGGUGUGCACAUGCUGUCUCUUGCUGGUGAGCACUUGCUUGUACAGAAAUGUUUUAUGUUCUCUUCAUCUGUUUGUGUCGAGUGCUCAGCACCAAUGGAAGAUGGAGGAGGAUCAGAGCCUCGCCAGGCCAAGUCCACAAUGAACAACCUCUUUUUCUACGCUGUGGAUUUACACCUACGCCAACAGGGGAGUCGACAUGGGGGGGGCAAAGAGGUCUGUUGUCCCGGGACCCAGAAUUGGACGUUCUUUCUAUUACUUUAUAUUUGAGGGGGGGCCCAUGUGAGGUUUCUUGCCCCGAGCCCCCAGAUCUCUGUCGACGGGCCUGUACACCAAUCAGGCAUAACGCUAUGGCUACCUGCUCAUUCAACCACUGUGUCUUUUGAUACCUUUGUACUAGGACCAGACUUUUUAAUUCAUGUUUGGCGACGCUACACUUUGCAGCUCUCACUCUAUUCCCGUACUUAAUGGACCACAUUUUUUAAAGUUAAUUUAAAGUUUUUAAAGAAUUCGCUUGCCACAGAAACAACAAUAGAAGCAGAGCAUAGACUUAGCAAACUAAAGUAGUUGCACAUUAAAUACUGAAACUGCAGUACAUUUAAACGCAAACAUGGGAGGUUAAACUCUGGCUAUUUUUCCUAUAAGACAAAAACACAGUCCAGACCAAUGGAUCAUUUUGUAAUGAGCAACUUCCUGUUUUUUUAGCCGGCUAACUCCGAUAUCAGGGCAGUCACACCAUAUUAGAUCAUAAAGCUUUUCCAUCCAUCCAUUUUCGCUUAUCCGGGACCAGGUCGCGGGAGCAGCAGUGUAAGCAGGGACUCCCAGACACGUCCUCCAACUCCUCUGGUGGGACCCCAAGGUGUUCCCAGGCCAGCCGAGAGACACAGUCCUUCCAUUGUGUCCUGGGUCUUCCCCAAGGCCUCCUCCUGGUGGGACAUGCCCGGAACGCCUCCCCACGGAGGCGUCAGGCCUCCUGAACAGAUGCCUCUCGAUGUGUAGGAGCAGUGGCUCUACUCCGAGCUCCUCCUGUAUGACUGAGCUCCUCACUCUAUCUCUAAGGGAGCGCCCAGCCACCCUGUGGAGGAAACCCAUUUCAGCCGUGAUCUUGUCCUUCUGGUCAUUACCCAGAGCUCAUGACCAUCAGUGAGGGCAGGAACGUAGAUUGACCAGUAAAUCGAGAGCUUUGCCUUUUGACUCAGCUCCUUCUUUACCACAACGGUCCGAUACAGCGACCGCAUCACUGCAGACGCUGCACCGCUCCACCUGUCAAUCUCAUGCUCCAUCCUUCCCUCGCUCGUGAACAAGACCCCGAGAUACUUGAACUCCUCCACUUGGGGCAGAGACUCACCACCCACCAGGAGAGGGCAAACCACUUUUAAACCUUUUGAAUACUUAGUUAUUAAUGGAGGAUGGCUCAAAAUCAUC